AUGGCUCAUCAGCGUCGUCAAGUACAGGAGAACCAGAAGAUCGCGAAAACAAGCAGUCAAGAUACGACAUUGCCCACAGUUGUGAGGAAAUUGCUGCAUUGGGAUGAUCUACCUCACUGGCAACGUGACAACCGCCAUAUUCACACGGGUUAUCGACCGGCCUCGUCUUCAUUCUGGGUUUCGUUUCAAUCGCUGGGCUACAUCCACAAUGAGACCGUUAACAUUUACACUCAUCUCUUACCGGGCAUACUAGCUGUUCCUGCAGCCUACCAACUCUAUCACGUCCUGGCGCCUCGCUACCACACUGCCGAUGAUUCGGAUAUAUUUGCCUUUGCCUGCUUUUUCGCGGGGGCUGCGUUCUGUCUCGGAAUGUCAGCCACUUACCAUACAAUCUCAAACCAUUCGCCUGCCGUGGCUCGAUAUGGCAAUGCUCUUGAUUACAUCGGUAUCGUGGGGCUUAUUGUAGGCAGCUUUGUUCCAAGCGUGUACUACGGAUUCUACUGCGUUCCUCACCUCCAACACCGAUACUGGACGAUGAUCUGCACUCUUGGUCUCAGGAUGCCAUUCCGAGCGGCGAUGUUUGUCGGGAUGGGCUUGUCGGCCGUCUUUCCCGUCCUUCAUGGCCUCUUCGUUUUCGGAUUCGACAGUAUGCGCCAACAAAUCGGUCUCACCUGGCUUCUUCUUCAAGGUUUCCUGUACAUUCUUGGUGCGGGUAUCUAUGCCGCUCGUGUACCGGAACGGCUCUGGCCCGGGCACUUUGACAUAUUUGGCAGCUCGCAUCAGAUAUUUCAUGUAUUGGUCGUCUGCGCGGCGGUGGCUCAUCUGACUGGUCUUCUCAAAGCGUUUGACUAUCGGCACAGCGGCACUGCCGAGAUUUGUCAGAUCGCACGCGGCUGA